AAUGACUUGUUAAUAUUCAUAAUUUAAAUUAAUCAUUUCUUUUUUACUAUUUUCCUUAGUAUUGAGUUUGACCAAUCGACAAUCGCAUGCAAGUACUACUAUUUUAUUUCACUAUAUUUAUCUUAGAGGUCACUAUAUACAAUGUUUUCUAAUAUUAUGAUUGGACCGAGACCACGUGUUUAAUAAUUUAUAAAAUGUCGGAUAAUUUUAAAGGAAAGAGUUAUCUAAAGUAAUUUUUUACGUGUUGAAAUGUUAAACAAAUUCAUAGGUAUACGAUUUAACAGACACACAACAAUUAGAUUGUUUUCCUUUGAAUUCUCGUCAGAAUCAAAAUUAAAAUUGUACAAUAUAUUAUUAAAGACUUUUCCUGUUGAACCAACAAAAAUUAAUAAACUGCUCAAGUUAUAUGGCGAAAAAAUAUUUACAAUACCAGAGAAGAAAUUUAUUGAGAAUUGUAAAAUAUGUCGUGAACACAAUAUUAUGACACAAACAGUAGUAAAUAUCUUAACUUGCUUGACUAUAAAUACUCAUCUUUUGAAGCAUAGAAUAUUUUUAUUGGAAGAGAUGGGCGUAUCUAAAAUAAAUAUAAAUAUAAUCUGGAAAUUGUCACAUUACAUGAAUCUACCGGCGACUGAAUUUAAACAUAGAAUGAAAAUUCCAAUGGAGCAACAUAUUAUGACUAAUAUAUCUCCUCAUAUCGUCGAAAAUUUGUCAGAUAUGCCAUUCUUAGAUUUAUUAGACGAAUCAUUACCUGUAAAUAUACAUUAUGAAAAAUGUUUCUCAUAUUAUAUUAAAAGUAAAUUUGGUUCUGAUAAAAUAUCAUUAAAACAUAGAGGGAGAAAGUAUAAAAGCUUCAGAUUAAUGACAGAGUUAAUAAAUAUUUUCAUAGAAAAAUUUGAUGUUGACUUACAAUAUAUAAGAAAUCAUCUAAUUAUUUUAGAUAUGUGCCCGAAUCAAGUACAAUAUGUGUUAGAAAGUUUCAAGGACACCAAAAUAGCUAACUUGACAAUUCAAGAAAUUUUUAAGAAAUUCCAUGAAAUAGUAGCAUGUGACCCAGAAAACACAAAGAAAUUAUUACAGAGCUUUAAAGAAUAUGGAUUAGAUAACAACAUCCUGCUGAGUUGUUUAAGAAUUUUUAAAAUUAGAAAUGAAGAUUUUGUUGAUAAAAUGGAUAAAAUCUUAGCUAUACCAGAUAUCAGAGUAUGGUGUAAAACUCCACGUAUUCUAUUUUUCAUAAUUAGAAAAAAUAUUGUUAAUGAACGCAUUGAAUUUUUUCGCAAGAGUAAUGAUAUUAAAUGGGUUAACUUAUACCUGCUUACAAGCGAUAGAAAUUAUUUUAGAAAAUACAAGCAAGGUGAAUUAAAUUUCGUGAAGAAAAAGAAGUACAUACGAUAUAUUUUGAGUAAGGAAUUAGGCUCCGAAAACGAACACUUGAUAAAUACAUUUCAGCUACAUCCAUACUGGAACAGAGUAUCCUUUGUAGAUUUAGAUGAUACAUUGCGUAUCAUAAAAAACUAUUUUUCAAUAGAAGAUAUAUGCAGUAAUAUUCAUAUUAUUCUGUAUCCAUGGUCUACUAUUAACAAAGUGUUAAAAAGUAUAAAAGAGUCCGAUAAGUAUAACAAAUAUACUUCAUCUCAACAACUGGCACUUUGUUUAUAUCUUAUAGAAAAAGAUAAUCACUUUACUGGUGAUGGAAUUUGGAAUAUAAUGGAACAGGAACAGCAAUUAAAAGACAAUGAAAAAAUGACAUUAGAAAUCGAUGAACCGCGAGAUUGAGAUAAAAUUUAGAUAUUUGAAUAAUAAAUGUUUUUCUUACUUUUAGAAGUAGAAGAAAAUUUGCUUUUCCUUUUUCUUGAAAUCUGUAAGACAAUUAUGUAAUAACAAGAUUGCAUAAACAAUCUGGAUGGGAGAUAUAAUAACAAAUCCUUUUCUCAACACUAAAUAUUUAUAUUUAUUAAAAAUAUUUCAAUACGAGAAAUAAACAUCGUAAAAUAGAACUCGUACAUAGUACUAAAUAAUAAAUUCAACUGUUUUAUUUACUUCCAUAUUCACAUGCAUUAUUAUAAAUAUAUGCAUAUGACGUGUAGUGCAUGAAAGGGAAGUUCUUUAAUUAAUUAACUUAACAUCAUAAAAAUAAUUGUGACUACGAAUUGGCGUGGAAUUAAAUUAUUUCGUGAUAAAAACGAAAUUUCUCGUAUUUUACACAACAAUAAUAA